AUGGCCUCGCGACUCAUAGAGCAGGCUGGUGGAGUACCAAAAAAAUGGCCACGGAAGGUUGAAGACCGCAGUGCCUAUCCCGGAAGUGGUCCUUUUGUCCAACCUGGGAGCGAGCUAGACGACCUCCCUCUGCCGGAGAAAUGCAGGCUUGACACGGACAGUUUAGCGAUCCUUGCAGAGGGUUACGCAGAGCCACCUUGGGAGGCUGUUACUCCGCCCCGGCAUCCGGUUGUUAUAGUCUUCCUGCGGGAUCGUUUCCUUGGGGCGAUUGUCAUCAAGACCGAUAAUGGGUUCGAACGUUCGAACGUUGUAGGCACCGGACCCAAUUUCGACCGCACAGCGUGGUCACUACAUGCGGGAGUUCUAGGGAUUUUCUUCCUUUGCUCAUCUUUCAGAUGGUCAAAAAAUGGCGCAGCCAUGAUCCAGAAAUCUUCGCUUCAAUCGUUCAAUCGUUCUCCGUACCAGUGCUGUCGUUUUUGGAAGGGUGACGUAUAUGCAAAAGAAACAUCCGGGAUCAAAAUUGGAGCCAUAAUGACGGCGAGACGAUGGCGGUUCUGCCAAAUAAGUUUCUCAUUCCUCCUGAAGUCUACGAUUACGUACCUGUCAGUAGCGACAAUGCUCUGGCUAGUCGAGCUCGACCCUACUCCCUAUGGACAAGAUGCCACACACGGUGAACCAGUGGAAACUAAAACCACUGCAGAUAGAGCGCGCUCGUUGGGGACCAAUAAUCAGUGUCCGAACCUACUGGCUCCUCCAUACACAGCGCCAGAGGAAAAGGUAGACGGUUCCAGCAGUGUCACCGCGAGCAAGCCCAUAUACACACUCGGGCAGCCGAAUGUCUCCAAGAUAGCUUCCGAUGAGAUUGCGUAUUUUAACGAUUUUCAAUUUCCUUACUGGCGCCCCUGGUAUUCUCUUACCGAUGGCGCUGUUUUUGGUCGGGCACAUCCAAAACUCGCCAAUCAUUCCGAUUGUAGUUCUCUGCACUCGCAAAAAGCGCUCGUUUCGUUCUCGAACAUAGAAAACUGCAUUGUGUAUGCAUUGGCCAUCAGGGUGACGUACAAGAAGCGAGAGUCGCUUGGAUUACGGUGA